CUAGCCCUGUGUCCGUCCGUCCAUCCAUUCACAACAAACAUUCGCCUAGCAGAGAGAUACAAAUUCAGUUACAUUCAGUUUUUCGUAUUCUCAGUCAUGUUGGAAACACGAUCGUGAAUAAAACUUCGAGCGAAACAUUUCAAAUUGGCUUUGGUGGUGUGGAUUGGCGUAUUGUUUUUUGUUUUUUUUUUUGCGAGUCAACCAAAAAAAGCGGUUUUAGAGCCUCCCGCCCGGCCGCCAAUAAAGAAGGCAAUAGUGUGUAGUCUACACCAAGCAAUAGGAGGCAGGGAGUCACCAACCAGCACACACCUCAAAAGAUUCCUUGCCAUAAUAACUGCCACAAGUGCUUCUUAAAGCGGCAAAGCAGGCUUCCAAAUACGAAAAGAAAAACAAAACCAAAGUUGUAUUUUAGGGUGAUGCAAGAGAAGCUAAGCAGCCAGCCACCAACUACAAGUUUCGAUAGAGUGAAGUGACUCAGUUACGCCAAUAUUUUAUGACCCAUCCCACAGCAACACCUCGUUUGCUGCUCAUACAACGCCAAACUUCUUUCAUGUCAUGGAAAAUUCAAAAAAUAACCGAAAUAUGCAUUUAAACUACAACAGCAACACCGGCACCACCACCAACACCAUUGCAGCAGGUGUGCAAUUUUAAGUGGAAAUUAUCUUCAAUUACAUUUGGACUACGACGAAAUGCCAAAAGUGUAAGGUUCAUCACCAGCAAGCCACCAUGUGUUACAUUCCAAACUUGCAUGAUUUGUUUAUCAUUUUCUAAAUGCUGAAACAUACUUCAAAUGCUGGCGGACCAGCUAAUGGUCAAGUGCGUAACAACACCUCAGCAACGGGCCCGGCUCGAAAUAUCCACCUUAGACCACAACAGCCCUUGAACAUAUCUACCCUUAGUGCGGCCAGCCUGCAGACAUCGAGUGCAACAACCACAGUAACACCACACAGCACAAAUACCACAACCAUAAAUGGGGGACCACGUUCGACGUUACUCAAUAUUGCCUCAUUGCCACCUCUGCCGCCAAGUGCAAACACAGCAACAACAACCACCGGUACUUUGCAAUCAUCACAACCCCUAUUGCCACCCCCGCUGCCAUUGCCCCUGCCACUGGCAUUGUCAAACGGAAACGGUAAUACGACCAAUACAACCACCACACCAGUGACCCCUAUCACCAAUCAUCUGACACCGAAUGGUCUCAGUGGUAUUGGAAACAAUUUGCACACCUACACAAAUCAGCACAUAGCAUUGGCCCAUGUGGCCAAUGGUGGAUCGACUGUCAAUAAUCCAGCAGCAAAUACCACAAAUCAUACAAACAACUACACCAAUUAUACAAAUACAACGCAUGGCAUUCACAAUAAGUCAAAACAUGGUCCAGGACCCAGAGAAGCUUUGACCAGUCUGGGCCUUUUAUGUUUAGUGUCCCUACUUUUGGCCUUGCUGUCAUUGAUAUUUCUGCUUAAAAUAUCUCCUAAUGCCCGAGAGGAUGCUCUGACACGAAGUUCUCCAGAGGAUUUUAUUAUAGUCUAUGAUGUCACUUUGGCAUUAUGUGCCUUGUCACUUUCUUUGAAUUUGUGCUGUUUAUUGGUGUGUGCGAUACAAUUUUUGUUCGCUGUCAAGCUGGUGCGAUCUCCCAUGUUCGAUGGAAGAGAUAAUCGAUAUUUGGAAAAAUCAAGUACAAGCCGUACUUGUGCUGUUGGCGGUUUCUUUAUAUCCAUACCCAUAUUCCUAACAGGUAUUAUUUUGUAUACCUUCAAUCAUUUUCACUCCACACCUGCCAUUAUAACCAGUGUCCUCAUAGGCAUUGGUAUCAUAUUCUGCGGAGCAGCAAUGGUGCACAAUGUGUUUGUGUGGCAAAAGGAGAAGACCAUUAGUUAUCGUAGUCCUGCAGUGCAUCAUAUGUCAUUGGUAUCACAAAUGUGUCCCAUCACACCACCUGUCCAAUUUCUCAACCAUCCGAAUCAUUUGAAUUUGAAUCAAUCGCAUAUAUCUACGCUGCUUCAUCCGACCUCCAUAACGCCGGUAUCUCCCAAUCACUCACAUGGUAGCUUCAAUCCUUUGACAGCUCUGAGCUCUUCAUUUAUGGUGCGUCCUUCAACAGCCACGCCGCCUACACCAAAACCCUUGGCUAAUGGUGGUUGCUUGUCGCCAAUGGCAGGUGGCGGUGGUGGGGUGCCUGGUAUUGGAGCGGCACGUGAAGCUAGCGGUUCUGUAAGUCCUGGCAUACCAGCCACCUUGGAUAUGAGCAAUGUUACUAGCAUUUCAUUGCAUGAGUUAUCCACCUUAGUCUAGACUAGUUAAGAUUGUACUGUGUAUGUAUUUAUGAGCGAAUGUAAUUUGUUUUAAUUGUUAUCGAUUAUGUGUAAAAUAAAGAAGUAUCUAAAGAAGUAGAAGGAUGAAAAGGAGUGCAAGGGAAGAAGGAAUGAGGGUAAAACUGUGAAUUUGAGACUACUCGAAAACAUGAACUACAUACAACCAAAUCGUUUUUUAAAAGUUGUGAAAAUUUGGUAGAAAAAAUUACAGCUUUAAUGAAUUUUUGAUUUAAAAUAAUUUGUUGGAUAUUUUUAUCUGUGUAUAUCUAUUUCCUUCACCUUCCCUAUGUCAUGUUUGCAUAUGUAACCAAAAUAAAACUUGUGUUUAUUUUUCGAUUACAAUAAUGAAGGGUGAAUAAAAAUUUGCUGAUACUUCUGCGAGUCUUGCCUUAUCCAGUGAAAUUGUAAAUUUUUUCUAUUUUUAGGAAAUCACUAAUUUUGUAAAUAUUUUUGUAUACUCAUCUAUAAC